AUGAUUGAAAUGAAAUUGGUCCUCGAUGAAGCCACUGAUUAUAGAAUAUUUGAUGAGCUUCGAUCUUGGCUAAUAUUGGGUGAUAAUUUAACGGAAAUUUUAAGUACUGUCAAUGACAAAGCUUUUGGAAUAUCAACCGACUUCGUAAUUGGCGUAUCCAGUAAUAUAAAAAGAUACGAGUUCUACGACGUGUAUAAUAUAUUCAAAGAGCGAGGAGGUUCGCUGAACGUAACUUACUAUGGGGACUGGCAAACAAAUACCGGAUUAAAUGUCAUUCUGACGCAAUCCAAGUUUCGCAGAAGAUCAAACCUUCAUCGUUUGGUUAUAAAAGCGAUGUUUUAUAAGAGUAAAUUCAAAGCUGCCGAUAUGCCAUUGGAGGAGUAUUACGAAGAUUUUGAGCACAGAACUAGGGAUGGGCAGUCUAAAUUUUCAUUUCACGUUCUGAGCCAUCUAUCAGACAUCUAUAAUUUCAGCCUAAGCCCGCGAGAGUCUCCGACGUGGGAAAAAGGGGACCGACUGGGUCCCAUUGCUCGAGCUCUCGCCAACCGAACCGUUGAUGUUUCCGGUACGCCCAUUGGCAUAUCUCACGCACGCAUGAAAUUCAUGAAAUUUGUUCAUCAGGACUGGCCUUUCAGAACGUGUUUCGUUUUCCGAAAUCCUCAACCAACCAAUAUCAAAGUAGGAGAAAUAUUGCGACCUCUGGCGGAUGAAGUUUGGUACCUUAUGGGCACAUUUAUGCCUUUUAGCGUGGCGAUUUUGUUAAUAGCGAUGCGUCACGACUUUGCUGAAUCUGAUACGUGGCUGAUUUCAAACUCAUUUCUUAUCGUGCUUGGUUCGCUAUGUCAACAAUGUACUGAUUUCAAAAUGGUACGGAUUUCCACGCGAAUAGCCUUCUUCUUCAUCAUGAUAUUCAGUCUUUUAAUGUUCAAUUAUUAUUCGGCAAGUGUUGUAUCAGCUCGGUUGGACGAACCUAUCUACAAAAUUAACAACUCUCUAAUACAGUUUGGCAAACUUAAAAUGAAAAUGGCUUCUGAGGAUAUGGUUUAUUUUGAAUUUUUUUUGAAAAAACCUGACUGGGAAGCGACAGUGUUUUAUGAGAAUUACUGGAAACCGACUGUACCAGAUCGCGAGUGGUACCUCGAGCCUGAAAUCGGAAUACGAUUAGUGAAAAAAGGUGGUUUCGCAUAUCACACACAUCCAGAAAUAGCAUAUCUUCUCAUCGAAAAGUUAUUUGACCAUCGGGAAAUUUGCGAGUUGGUUGAAGUUGAUUUGGGCGGUCCAUUCUUUACUUCCUUUGCUUUCAAUUUCAACAGUACCGUGAUUGAUAUCGGAAGAGUCGGGAUGAUAAGAAUUGCCGAGACAGGACUUCGUUUUCGACAGGUGUAUAGAUGGCAGUAUAGAAAGCCACAAUGUCGUAGGAAUAUUCUCAGUGUUGAGAGCGUUACGAUUUACGAAUUUGCACCUCAUCUAAUUCUUUUAGCGAUUGGCGCAAUUUUUGCAAUGGCUGUGUUUACUUUUGAGAUUUAUAUCAUUAAACGCUACGAAUUUUUUGUUCGAUCAAGAGCUAUUAUACAUUUUAUGUCACAUAAGCAAUCUGAGAUUGCAGACUCUUUUUAUGAACGUGAUAAUCCACGUAAGGUUUCUUUUGCCUUGUGAUGUCCAAUUUAUUAAUAUAACAUUUCUUAGAAACUAGGAAGGAA